AUGAUUGGUGCUGGAUCUAUAGUCGAGCUCCCUCAAGAUACGCAGAUCGUAUCGGGUCAAAGACAUCGCAAACUCCUUUACAAUGUAGCUCGAUCAGCAGAGACUGUCGGUUAUGUCUACAUUAUCAUACGCUUGGUUUCGUUAUUGUCAACCUCGGAGAAGACUUGGCAGAUGUGGACACUUUUUCUCCUCGAAACCUUUUUCAUUCAUUUGGCCCGAAAGGAACAGUCAUUGACUGUUUUGGCCACCAGGAAUCCAGAGAGUCUUCCAAGAAAGCGACUACGCCUCCAGGGAAAUAAAGAUCUGCCCCAUGUAGAUGUUCUUCUACCAUGCUGCGGCGAAGAUGUUGAUGUGAUUCUGCAGACAGUACAAGCGGCUUGUACUCUAGACUAUCCGAAGUCUCAUUUUAGAGUUCUCGUGCUUGAUGAUGGCCAAUCGCAAUUGUUAGAAAAGACAGUAUUGGAGCUACAGGCACAAUGGCCACACCUUUCCUAUAACUCUCGCGGAAGACAGUCUGGGCAAGUUUUUGCCAAAUCUGGAAAUCUCAACUAUGCUUUAACAUCUCUACAACGGGAUUUCCAACCCGAAUUCUGCGCGAUUCUAGAUGCCGAUUCUAUACCAACGAGGGAAUUUCUAAGGGCCACGCUGCCUCAUCUACUCAUGGACCCAGAGGCGGCUCUUGUGUCUACUCGGCAAUAUUUUUACAAUCUUCCGAGUGGAGAUCCUCUAUCUCAAUCGCGGGGGCAUUUUUAUACCUGCCAAAAUGCUAAAUUGGACACCCUUGGAAUUGCCAUUGAUUCGGGCUCGGGCGCAGUCUUUAGACGACAAUCGAUCGUGGAUGUGGGUCUUUACCCAACAUAUUCAUUUUCAGAGGAUUGGCAGCUGUCUUUGUUGCUACGCGGCAUGGGUCACAAAACCUUCCAGGUAGAUGAGGCCUUGCAAUUCGGUCAAGUUCCGGCUUCUCUUGCUGGUCAUAUUGCUCAAAGAAAACGAUGGAACAUCGGCCACGCCCAGCAGAUCGUCGCAAUGCUUUCUUCCAGAAGCAAGUCUCUACCUUCCCAGCUGAGACUUUCAAUCGCUCGAAACGGAUUCGGUAUCGUAUUUGAAGAGAUUGGAUGCCUCUUGGGGUUUGCUGCUGUACCCCUUCUAUUAUUUUGUGGAGAGAAACUCGUUCCCACCUCAUCGCCGAAUAUGGUAGCUCUUCAAUUUAUUCUUUCUCUGGGGCAAGCCCUUUUGACUUGGGCCUUUGAGUUCUUGCAGGCCGCUUACACCGGACAUGAAAGCACACCAUUUGCAUUCUUAGAGAACAAGUGGCUAGCGGGAUGUGAGUUUAACGCCCUUUUCCCUGUCAAUGAUAAAACUAACAAGCUUGAAAUAGCAAAUGUUUACGCCAUACUAAGAUUCUACUUUGUCUCAAAAAAGCCGAAAGGUUCAUUCAUUACUGGCAGUAGCGAAAACUCAUUUAAUCACAAGACAGAGUUAUCUCUGUGCAUGAGACUGUAUCGUGACCUGUGGGAAAAUGGCAUUUUUUACAGCGUCAUUCUACUUACCUUUUUGCUUUCCUCGAUGAUAUAUUCGUCCAUAUCGGCAACAGGAAAAGUUGAAGGCGUUUUUAUGCAUGCAAUUACCACCAUCGCGUGGCCCCAGCUCGCGCACAUAUGUGUUUUGGUGUUGAAAAAUCUCUCGGUGCCCAUGAUUUACCUGCUUGACCCACCAAAUUAUACAACGCGAGCGAUACCCUUCGCCGAUAUGGGAACCAGUCAACUGAAGACUGAGAAAGAUGUGGUGCAGGGUGAAGCUGUGCAAGCAACGUGGAAGGGUAUUCGGUGA